AUGGCUGAUAACGAUUUAUCGGAUGACCAGUCAGACAGUACCGUCGAAGAAACAUUGGUUAUGCUAAAUUUACCUUCAUUAAAUAAUGAUGAAAAUAGAUUAAAGAAUUUAAAUACUUUUCGUAAAGAAAAAGGAAAUGAAAUUUAUAUAGAAAGGAAAAAGAAUAAUACUACAAAAAAUGAUGAUUUUAUUGUAGCGAAAAAAGAUGACUCAAAUUAUAUAUCUGACAUGAACACGGUCAGAAAUAAUUCAAACAAUUUCACAAAUUUUAAUAAAUUACAAAUUGAUUUAACAAAUGACCAUGAAGUAGUGGAAGAGGUAAAAAAUGACUUUAACAGUGAAAUAAGUUCAAAUAAUAUUAAUGAGAAAAUUGACAAUAAUAAAAAAUCUACGAUUAUCGAAAUAUUAGAUAAUACUCACGAAGAACUAAAUAAUAAUAAUAAAGAAAAGGAUGAUGAAAAUAGUAAAAAUGAUAACAUAAAAAGAAAAUGUGUAAACAAUAAUGAUGAUCUUGAUAAUAUACCUUUUGAAAUAAAUAGUAUAUCGUUAAAAAAUUUAUUUAAUGAAUAUCCUGAAUGUAUCAUAAAUAAUAAAUACAAAUUUAAAGGGGUUCAUACAUCCAGUAUUGGUACAAAUUUAUAUUUUAAAGAGCCAGAAAAUAUAAAAAAUAAAAAUAUUUUUAAAAAUUAUGAUAUAUCAAAUGAAGAUUAUGAAAAAAAUGUAAAAGGAGACAAUAAUAUAACAAGAGAUGAUUUUACUAUUUAUGAAGGGUUUUCCACAAAAAUUAUUUCAUUUGAAAUAGACUAUUAA